AUGGUCAGAGUCAAAUGUGACGAGCAGAAGCCUGCUUGCAAUAAAUGCACAUCCACUGGUCGGAAAUGCGACUAUCCAGCCCCCCAGACCCCUGGGCCUGGGCCUGAGAGGGAUCUUGACGUGCAGCGUAGCCUCGGCAUCUCGCCGGCUAAGCAGUUUCGUCAAGUACCACAACUGGAUAUCCUCACCAAUGAGGCUGAAUCUCGGGCUCUGGAGUUCUUCCAACUUCAUACAGCACAUGUCUUUGGCGAGGGCAUUGCCCCGUAUGUGCUCCAAGCCACGGUCUACGAGCCGGUUAUCAGGACCAUAGCAAUUUCAUUAGGGUCUUUACAUCGUUCGUUUAUCUUGAACCAAGGAUCUCUAUCCACCAGUGAUGAUGAAGCCCGCUUCAUUCUUCGUCACUACACCAAAGCGAUCGGCCAAUUACUUUCACUCGACCUUCACGGCUCGGCGACAAGUGACACAUUCUUGAUAGCUUGUGUCUUGUUCUUUUGCUUCGAGUGUCUCCAGAGUAACUACAAAGCUGCUUUCCAGCAUGCCACAUCGGGGCUCAAAAUCAUCAAGAAUCACGUUGAAACAGCAAGACAGUCUUCGUCUACAUAUAUGCCGCCCGAAACUCUUGCUUUGCUUUUCACAGUUCUUGAAAACCAGAUCCUGGAGAUCAAAGAUGAUGAGCUGCUCUCAUCGGGGGUGACAAUACUUGGGUGGUCCCCAUUUCCCGACCCCAUUGACGAACUUGGAGCCCCAUCACUAGACAUAGAUGGGAUUAUGCGCUCGUUCCAAAUUCUAUAUAAUGAUCUCAUUGGCUUCGAAGCUAUUUGCGAUCGCAUGCAACUCGGGUAUGCCAAACCACCCGAGGAAGAGCUACCGGAGCAUCUUCUGUCAGAAUACUACCGGCUGGCAGCAGGGCUACAUACAUGGAUGUCUGUCUUCGACGACUGGCUUCAGCGAGGCGGAGCUCUCAAUCACGAAAAACAUCCAACCGUGCUGACCCUCAGAAUAUGGAGAUUAGCUGUCAAGAUAGUUCUCGAAUUAAACCGACCGAUGACAGAGCUCAUUUGGGACAAGCAUAUGGCCGAUUUCGACACCAUCACACUUCUCGCGGCGGAGAUGUUAGGCCAUCCCCUUUCGAAUCCCAAUCCGUGCUCUCCUAGCGUGUCUCCCGAGGAACUACAAAAAGCGUCGUCUCUACCCGUUCUCCGACCCAAACCCCCGAAGUCGAUCUCUUCUGUCUUCUCCUUGUCGCUAGGAAUCAACACCCCGCUCUACAUAGCAGCCACCCGGUGUCGAGACUCUGUCAUUCGCCACCGCGCGAUCGAGCUUCUUCUCUUUGGCCGGCGGCGCGAAGGGCUCUGGGACUACUAUGUCGCAGGCCGCAUCGCGAAACAUCUGGUGGCUAUCGAAGAGUCAUCGGCAGGGAUUCCGGAUGGGACUCCGUAUAUACCCUCGGACAUCCCCCUCGCCGAUCGAGUGAGGUCUCUUUCUGUUCAGUUUGAAAAGGAGAAAGUUGUCAAAGUUCAGUAUCAACACCCGAAAGGUGUAUUCACGUUCGAAGAGAACUUUCUGUAA